UUUUGUGAAUCCCAGUGAACAAACACUCUGAUCAAUUAAUAAUUUGCUGAUAAGUCAGUUUGGAAAUUGAUCAUUAAAAGUUUAUUAUUGGUAUUAGAGGAGUUUUACAGCCAUUACAUUUUAGUUUUGUUAAGAGUUGGAAUCAGUCAUUCAUGUUUAUUAUUAAAAUUGGUGCAGUUUACGACCAGAAUUGGAUAAGUCUUGUUAAGAUUUGAGCAGUAGUAUCAUUAUGUCUGAAGCUAUACAUAGCAUAUGUGAGUUGUUUCCUGAAGACAGUCCACCAGAUGUCAGUGAAUACCUUGAAUAUUGGGAUAAAAUGAAAAUGGUAGCCGAUAGGAAAAAAAUACAGAAGUUUUAACCUGUAGGCUCGAUUUGAACCACACAAUGCUAACUUUGUAAAUACAGAGUGGAAUCCAAAGGCAGGGGAUGUAUUUGUUUGUUCCUAUCCAAAAACAGGAACAACUUUGGUUCGGGAAAUUCUGCGUCAAAUUAUUUACUGCCGAGAUGAAAAACUUCUGAAGAAAACAAACGUGUGUAGUUACAUGUACAUGUACUUGGAGUAUGGACCAGUUUCUAAAUACAAAAUAGUCGACCAGUUACCAAUGUCAACAAGAAUAUUUGGAACACAUUUACCUGCUCAGGUGAUUACUUUAAAAAAUUUCAGAAAGUUGGCAACAAGUGAAGUCUUGCCGGAUAACAGAGGAAAUAUCGAAAGUACACUCCAUUUUUUAUACCAGAUGAGCUGUUAAAAGAUUAUUUACAUUAUGCUAAGUAGCGGAAGUAACAGAUGGUAUAUGUGCGUCGUAACCCCAAAGAUCAAGUACUUUCGUGGUAUCACUUCACUCAGACCUACUCCACAGUCAAAGCAAACAUUCCCCCCCACAAUGAAAUUUUCCCCAAGGAAAUAAAAUCAUUUAUCAACCUGGCUAUAACAGGGAAGCAAAAUGUGCUUGCUAAAGAUGGAGAGGGGUAUUUAGAGCAUGUGAGAGAUUGGGCCAAGCACAAAAAUGAUUCUAAUGCCAUGUUUCUGAUGUAUGAAGACAUUAGACAGGAUUUCGAAAAUGCUGUUAGAAAACUUUGUCAAUUCGUUGAAGUUGACUUGACUUAUGAGGAAAUAAAACAAGUGAUACAAAAUUGCUCACUUCAAACCAUGAAAACACAAGAAGAAAAUUCAAAAUCUGAACACCCUAUCGUCAGAAAUGGAUGUGUUGGUGAUUGGAAGAAUUAUUUGACUGUGUACCAGUCAGAAUACUUGGACAAAAAAGUGGAAGAAGUAUUGGGAGCAACGGAUAUCAAGUUUAAAUACACACUUCAUUCAGAAUAACUGUGUAACAAAACAUUUAUACCUUUAUUUAAAACAUUCUUCUGUUUGCUUAUCAGUAUUGACAAUUCAAUAUGUCCACCAUAUAAUAAUGAUUAAUGUAACUUGCCUUAACCUUGCAUGUUGUUAUAACACAGUAGUUCUGUUUAAUCGACAGUUGUUAUAACACAGUAGUUCUGUUUAAUACACCUUAUUCCUGCUUACAUUUUACUGUGUUUAUAAUUUUGUGUGUAAUUAUAUUUUUAUCACGUAGUGUAAACAUUGUGCUAUCUCCAGCAUUUAAAAAAAACAUUAGACAACAUUAACAGACUUUCUGUUAUGUAUAGUUAAACCAAUAUCUAGAUAGUGACCAAUAACUUAAUGCAUUUAUCAAAUAAUAUAAAGGUUUACGUACACUGUUGUCUUCAAUAAAAUAUUAACUUGGAAAUAUUUAAACCUAAAUGGCUCCUUGUUUGUCUGCUAGGUGUAGUGACAAUGGUUUUUAAUUUUUUUUCAAUUGUUGAAGAAACAAAUUAAGUAUUUAUUUUUAUAUUAUGAAUUUUUCUGUAACAACAUCCCCGACACACAUAGAAAUUUUCACUUAAGCAGUGUUGGAUUGUAUGGUUAAUUUUUAAUGCUUGGGUAACAAUAAAGCAUGUAACGGAUAUGUAAUAAAAUCAAGGUUGAAAGAUUUAAAGGAGCACGGUUUUAUCUCACGGUUUCAAUGAAACAGAUAUUUAAAAAUGAAAAAAAUCAAAUGUGUGUCGACGCAUGGAUAUUUUUCAUAAAAAAAGUGUCUCUUAUUCUCUUUGCAAUU